AUGCCUGUUGUCAUGCAGCCUGACACCCAGGGCGAGCGCGGCGUGGGGAGCGGGCGGCGAGGGACGCGUCCCCGCAGCCGCGCCGCCCGCGCAUCUCUGCUGCAAAAAAGGACGAGCAGGAGGCCCAGCUCGCGCCGGCUGGAGCAGCGAGGGUGUCUGCUGUUGCCGUCGCGGCAGCCAGCUGGUGUCCAGCCCAGCACGGCUCCUUCAGGCUGGUCUUUUGCACAUCUCUAUAAGCUUUGCUGUGAGGAGAGGAGGAAAGAUGUAAAAAUAAGGAAUGACGUCUUUCAACCUUUACCAGGUUUUCAGGUGAAGCGAAGUCACCUUCCUGGGCUGGUUUUCUCCACGGAGCCCUUGGAGAUCAUUUUUUACUCAAAUUGGGAGAAACUAGAGCAGAACUGUGCUGAGAAAAGCGUUUCUCUCAGGCCUCAGCACUGCUUGGAGUCCGCCGCGCUCGGCACCCACGCCCGGAAAGCAAACACGGAUGGAAAACCGCGGUGCUGCCCGACGCUGCUGCCCCCCCACCCAGCACACGUCCUGCGGCCGACGGCAAGAGCUCCGCCGGGGUGGCAGAGGCAGAUUUCCCAGCAAUUGGGAAUUAAUCCCUACCUGAGAGCGAUGACUAAAAGGCAGGCAGCUGGUGGCACCUCGUGCCUGUUGUUUGGGCAGGCCUUCCCUUUGGUUUACUGCGCAGCAGAGGAGCAAAGUCGAAGGACCAAUUGCUCGUGCUCUAAUUUAUCGCACAUGAAAAAGCAGCAAGGGGAUUUUUUAGCAACAGAAAAGACCUGGCAGCUGGAUCACCAUGGGGUAGGCACUGGCUCUGUGCUGAUUCUGCUGUACCAACUGGUCUUAGCACAACUCCUCCCUGCCCAGACUCCAAGACCUGGCCUCCGUCUGUGCUGUCAAGUUCAUAAGUGACAAAAGUGUCUACCAGCUCACUUAAAAAUUUACUACUUGUUCUUGUUUAUUACAAGAGGUAAAAACAAAUAUGCUUUCCAAGCAAAAGGCAAGUUUGGCUAUUAAUCUUUGAAUCAGCUCAUACAACUUAUUCUGACACUUUUUGUGAAUUACUUGGCAGAAACAACCCUGUGUAACCCCUCAAACCCUCUGUCCCCACAUCUCCAAGACAGAUGCUCACCACAGGUGAUCAGCCUAUGGAUGUUCUGUUUCUCCCAUGUGUUGGUAACACGUAAUCCAUUGGCAGAGAUUAUUUUCUUACAACUAUUUUGGGUUCCUGUCUUCCACCCUGACAUCAGCUUUCAUGAAAUU